AUUUACACGAGCGAAUUUUGGCUUUAAUUUGAGUUUUGAUUUUUUUAAUUUGAAGCCAAAAUCAAAGAAUCGAGAAUCAACUAAUCGAGCUUGGUGAAACAACUUUUGAGUCUAAACUUGGAAUCGGUCUGAUCUCAGGAUUAGUUGAUUAAUGCUUUUAAUUACGUUAGUGAAUACGGGCCUAAAUUUAAAAAGAUUUUGAAGAUUUCUCUCUCAAAUUUAACUCAAAUGAUUGUUGCUUCAUUGUCCUUUGCUGAGUUCAUCAGGACUCGGUUGGUCUUCGCCUAAAUGAUUCGGGCCCUUCUAUUGUGAUCGGACAAAGGUACUGCUAUCUGAAAGUAGUGACGAGAAAUUUUCAAUCAAUAGUCUUUUAGUAAUACUAUAACAUUGAUCAAGAACUUUUUCGUUCGACCAACAGUUUUUUUCGUAAAAUUGCGAUGAAAUAUCCCGUCAAUCUAAUCUUUAACUCUUUCAUCUCCUGACCUCCUGAACAGGACUUAUAUCAAGGUAGAAAAAAGCAAUCGACUUGGAUACAGAUCUUCCAAGGUCUAUGAUAAUAUUCCAGUCAUGAAAAUUUUCCAGACUCAAGAUUGAAGGUUAAUAGAGUUUGAUUACUAAUCCUUUCAAUCAUCUAACAGACAUUGGUCUUAAACAAUUGUAUGCCUUACUGAAUCUAAAUGAAUUUCUCUAUCAGUUAUGCUACAAUUUUGUCAAUAUUUGAACUUUCAAAUACUAAUCAGAUAGUAUUAUUCAUCAAUUAAAUCAAUGUUAUUUGGAUGAAUAAAAAUUAUCUGAUUCAUGCUCAUGAUAUUUACAGAAGAUGAAGUUGAGUUAGUGGUUUGAACAUUUUUUCUCACUUGAAUUACUUGAAUGAUUGACAAAACGCUGAAAUGGCUUCAAUAGCUUAUUCUUGGUGUAUAUGAAUACAGUUAAUCUCAACUGAUUGUUGGUUCUUAAAACCGGAUACACGGUAGUGAAACAAGACCGUUUCCGGUUGGUCAAAUGAAAAUGUUUUCACUUUUAAGGUAAAAAAAGGGAAAUGGAAAAGUAUUUGCACUGAAAAUAACUGUAAAUUUAUUUUUCGAUACUUUUACCUCGAAACCUUUUAUUUUUUUUCCUUACUUUUCACUCAUUUGCUCAGAUUGUAUCGAAACUCAAUUGAGAUAACAUGAAACUCAGAUUAACUCUAAUCUGAUUAUCUGUAUCAUAAAUGGAUUAAAUAUAUUAUAAGAUUGUUAAAAGUUCUUCAAAUUGUUAUCCAUCCUCAUCUUCAUCAUUUUCAUCGUUUUAUCCAGCAACUUAUGCAUUGAGUGAAUUUAACGCUUAAUAAUACAACAUGGACUUACAAUUAGUUAAUUCACCUAAUUAUUUAGGUAAAAAAUCAAUCUGUUCAAGUUUAUUGACUUUUCUCGUGAUUGCUAAUCUAUUGUUAUUUUCUGGAAAUAAGUGCCAACAACAACAAUUUGGUAAUGGACAAUUUAUCGAUAAUCGAUUACGAGGUUUCAAUUCAAUUUGGAGUCCAGCUGAAAUUUUACCCAAUGUUUACAACAAUCAACAAGCACCGAUAGUAAAUGGAACUCCGAUUCGAGUGGAAAUUGAUCUUCAUGUCCAAUCGAUUCGCCCAACAAAUGAUCAAUCGGUUCAACGAAUCAAUAUUCUGCUUACUGAAAGUUGGGAUGAUGUUCGUCUUCAAAUGCCUCGAGGGGUCGGUUCAAAUCGUCGUAUUUCCCUCGAUCGACGUUGGAAAGAUAUUCUUUGGAUUCCCAAUCUGUAUUUUACCAAUUCGAUUGCAGGUUCAAUUAUCUCCGGUGUUGAUAGUUCCGUUUACAUGAUACUUUCCAAUCGAACUCGUGUUGAACUUUUCGCCUCGAUGAGCCUUAACAUCCUCUGUUCAAGUGACUUUUCCCGUUAUCCCUUUGACGAACAAGAUUGUAGCCUUGAAAUUUUACCUCUUUCAGAAACAUCGGAUUCUGUGGUUCUAAGAUGGAACUCAAUGACUAUGAACCCUUCAAGUCAAGAGUCUAAUCUUUAUUACAUCAAUUUUUGGACUGAAAAUCGAUGCCGACCAAAUCCAAUUAAAGGAAGCUCAUGUAUCAAAGGUAAUCUAAAGCUGGUUCGUCGUAUUGGAAGCCAUUUGAUUUCUCAUUUAUUACCAACGAUAUUAAUGGUUAACCUUUCAUUUGGUGGCUUUUGGAUACCAUUAACUGCAUAUUCAGCACGAAUUAUAAUAAUUGUUUCUUCAUUCUUAAUCUUAAUCAUCCAUCAAAUGAUAACCUCGGUUAAUUCACCAACAACUGGUGGCCUUUGGGCAACUAAUAUCUGGUAUACUUUAUGUUCAUUGACAAUAUUUGGCUGUCUCAUUGAAUACUUGUUAGCAUUGAAUGAAUCUCUAAUUGACUCUAAACCAGGGGAUUCAGGAGAUUCAUCUACAUCUUCAUCAUGGUUUAAUUCAAAAUUUUUCCAAUCUCAACCCAAGAUAAUGAAAGAAUUGCUCAAACCAAAUGAUUCCAAUAACUUUGCUGAUAUGAUCUCAAGAAUCGCAUUUCCAUCAGUAUUUUUAAUAAUUACCUUUGUAUAUAUCCUUUUCUAUGCUAUCUAAUUAAUAUUUAAUAUUAAUCAAGUUAAUUAGAGACUCAUUAACUCUUGAUUGUUGUUGGAACAAAAAAUUGAUCAUCUCAAUAGAUUGAAAGUUUUAUUAUUAAAAAGUGAUAAUAAUAAC